AUGGAUGCAUCAAAUGCUAUUGCUGAAUUAACUGCCACUGAACAGAGGAUUAUCAAAAUUAAAUCAGAUAUAGAUCAAUUCGAUGAACUUGUUAAAAGUGUGACUAGUGGAUAUGGUGACAAAGAGAGUCUUAAUGAAAAAUAUCACAACCUAAUACUCUCAACCAAGGAUUUGUCGUCUCACCUGGCAGUUAUUCAAAAAGUGAUUCAAGUUGGAUCACAUAUUCCCGAACUACGUGCACGAGCUCGUACUCUUAACACUCAAGCCAUAAAUCAAUUAGGGCGCUUGCGGAAACUAGGCAGCGUUGUUCAACAGCAUGUUCGUAGUGAGAAAAAUGCGUACUCAGUCAAUUGUCAAGAACGGUACCAUUCACUUGGUAUCUUCUCAAUUGAUCAUGAACCUUCAGAGCAGAAACAGGUUUCUUUAGAAUCAAAGGCAGAUAUACAAAGAGCACAUGAAAUGGAACAGUUGGAAUCUGAUAUAAUUCAAGUAAACGAACUUUUCACAACGCUUGCUACAUACAUUCACGAUCAAGGAACGUUAGUUGAUUCCAUUGGAGAUAAUAUAGAAGUAGCCUAUGAGCAGGUUCAAAGUGGUACAGAACAACUAAGCACUGCUACAAAACAUCGAAAAUCAGCACGACGAAAAAAGUGUAUUUGUCUUGGCCUUAUAGUACUGGUUUUAUUUAUUUUAGCCUUGGCGAUAGGAUUAUCCCUAAGACAAUAA